AUGAAGAAAUGUUUAGUAGGAGGAGCCUUUAUAAUAGUGUUGAUUGCAUUAGGAGCAUGGGCUAUUAUUUCUUGUAUACCUCCACCUUCCAACAGAUGCGGUACGCCCGGUGGACCGCCUAUUACUGCCCCUAGGAUACGGCUAAGUGAUGGACGCUAUCUAGCCUACGAAGAACAUGGUGUUAGUAGGAAAAAUGCAACCUUCAAGAUCAUCUUUAUCCAUGCUUUCGCCACCUUCAGACGUGAUGCUGUUAUUGCCAACCGUGUUCGUCCUGGGUUUCUUGAGAAGAACGGCAUCUACGUAGUAUCAUAUGACCGACCUGGUUAUGGAGAGAGCGAUCCUCACUCCCGUCGCAGUGAAAAGACAUUAGCUCAAGACGUUGAACAACUCGCUGACCAGUUACAACUUGGUUCUAAAUUUUACGUGGUUGGAUAUUCAAUGGGAGGCCAAGCCGUUUGGGGUGUUCUCAAGUACAUCCCUCACAGACUCGCUGGAGCCACACUGCUUGCUCCUGUAACCAACUCAUGGUGGCCUAGUUUCCCGGAUAGUUUAACUUGGGAGCUAUGGAACAAGCAAACUAAAACCGAAAGAUUUACCAUGCUCGUUACUCAUUACACACCAUGGCUACUCUACUGGUGGAACAAUCAAAAGCUGUUCCAAACAUCAGCUGUGAUGCAAUCAAGCCCUACGAUAUUCUCUCCUCAAGAUAUGGCUUUACUACCCAAGCUGGCUGUAAGAGUGUCUUACAAGAACCAAACAACGCAACAAGGUGCACACGAAUCGUUAGACAGGGACUUGAUUGUUGGGUUUGGGAAAUGGAGUUUUGAUCCUAUGAAGAUUGAGAAUCCGUUUCCGAAAGGUGAAGGGUCGGUGCAUUUGUGGCAAGGGGAUGAUGAUAGGCUUGUGCCGAUACAGCUACAAAGGAUCAUUGCUCAGAAACUAAGUUGGAUAAAGUAUCAUGAGAUUCCAGGGGCUGGUCAUUUGUUUCCAAAUGCUGAUGGGGUGGCUGAAACUAUUUUGAAGGAACUAUUGCCUAUUCCCCAAGCAUCUUAA